UGUCCUCAGAGGAGUCCAUACAGCCAGCCCGGGGCCAGGACCCGUUCUCUUUGGCCCUCCAGGAGGCGGUGCAGGAUGAAGCAUGAGGCUCACACUGGCAGGAUAUUCUCCUGAACAAUCUGAAGUCACAACCACCACCUUGAAAUCUCCAGGGAGUCAAUGUUGCAAACUCACUUAAUUUUAUUAUUAAGUCUUGCCCCCAUGAAAUAUUUUCGAGAUGGAGCCAACAGCUAAGGGACGGACUGAGAAGAGUUUCAGCUAUGUCAUCAGAGCCCCCAGCAGUGAGGGGUUCGACAUAAUGAACGUUGAUGUGAAGAUUGACACAUCCUGGAUAUUCCAGGACAUGGAAGAUAGUGCUGAGGAGCAGGCAUGUCUUCAGGAAGAGGCAGCUGGUCACCCAGACGUGGAUACGGGGGCCCUCAGGAGGCAGCUGGAGUCCCCCCAGCAGAAGCUGUCAGCAGCGGUGGACAAGUACGUGACACCAGAGUCCGGGCUGAGAAGCAGAAUUCAGGAGCUGGAGCUGUCAGAGAGGAAACUCCUCCGGAAGGUGGACCAGCUGAGCACCCACGUGGCUCAGGAGAGGAGCGCCUGGCUGCAGGCCCAGGAGAAGCUGGCAGCGCUGCAGGGGGAGCUGGCCAGCCAGAUCCGGGAGAAGGAGAGCGUGGCCAGGCGGCAGCAGUGGCGGCUGCGGCGGUUGCAGGAGCGGUUGCGGCGCAAGGACGAGGCACUGGGGCAGCAGGCGGCGGCCCUGGAGCGCAGCCGGCUGACCCAGCGGCGCCAGCUGGGCCUGGUGCGCGAGCAGGAACGCGUCCUGCGGGCGCAGGUGCAGCGGCUGGAGCACGACGUGCAACGCCUCUGCCACGCCGCGGGCCUCCUGCUGGCCCAGCGGGACAUCGCGGCCCCGGGCCUCCAGAGCACCCCCGAGGCGACUGCGGAACUGCGCGCCCUGCAGGCGAGGGCAGAGCGCAGCGAGCGUGAGCGAGAGGAGGCGGCGCACAGGCUGCAACAGCACCGGGCCACAGAGCGCCAGCUCCGCGGGCAGCUGGAGGAGCUGCGCUGCUUCAUCUAUGGGCUGAAACUGUCAGAGAUCGGCCUGCAGUGUCAGAUGGAGGACCUUGCCCAGCAGAACCAGCGCCUGCGAGAGGAGCUGGGAGCCCAGGCCCCUGUUGGUCACUGCAGCCUGGAUGCUCUGGACUGUGUUCAGGGUAACUCACUGCCCCUGCCCAGGAAGGAGGCCCUGGACCCCUGCAGAAGCCAAGGCUGGCGGAGCUCCCUGCGGUCCGAUGAUGCCCCUGGACAAAGGGCCUCAGAAGGCCAGUCCCCGGAGGGGCCCUGCACCUGGAGCUACAUCGGGUCUGGACGGACCUCUUCUGUUUUGGGUCCAGGCCCGGAGACCACAGGCAAGCUCCCCGGAGACCUGGCGGGAUCCAACUGUGAACAGCUUACCCUGGCAGAGCCUAGCUUGGAUGAACAGAUUCUUCUCCUGGUCUGUGGCUGCCCCCCAGGGGAGUGCUUGGACAAGUCACUCCUCCCCAUGGACCUGGCCCGGAUUUCAGAAAAUCUAGCAGCUGACCCGGCCACAGAGGCCUUUCUCCUGGUGCAGACGUCCACACUCCCUCUCUGGGGGCCGGCUGGGGACUCCGCUUCUUGGCGACCACUUCUGCUCCAGGAGGUUCCCUCAGAUGGACAACAAACCCAAGAAGAGUUGGCCACCAGGUCCCCACCUCCUCCCAAAGCCACAGGACCCCCCAGCUGGGAUUGUCACCAGGCAAGAGACCGCAGUGCCUCCCUCUCCCACGAGGCCCCCCACGUUUCAAAUCACCGAUUUCCAAAAAAACAGCCCAAGGAUCUGAAAGACACUUGGAACAAUGGAGGAGGAAGCCUGGGGAGGAGAACUGAAGAGGGGGAGGCAAGGGGGACUUCGGGCAGGAAGGGGAAAAACCUUGGUGACAAGCACCAGCCAAGUCAGGAAAGCCGUCAGAACCUGAGCUUGGACGACGGGGCUGGAGCCACAGGGGGCGUGCAGGACCAGAAUGGGGCUUCAGAGACCAGGGCUGCCACCUGCCACCCUGGGACCUGGCAGGAGUUUUUGAUGUCUCUUCUACAGGGUGAGGCCUCAGUAUCAAAGGAGGGUCCCGAAUCCCUGAGAAGGAGGGAAAGGGUGGAAGGAUAUGUCUGGGGUCUCCGAGGAGGACUGUCAUCAGAGAAGGAGGAAGUGGCGCCCCUAGCCACCUUCUCCAGGUCUCACGAGACCAAAGAGCUGUGGCCAACAGAUAGUCAGCUCCUCGCAGGAAGAGGCAGAGCCACUGGGAGGACAGCUAGGGACAAGGAGGAAAACCAAAUGUGGCUUGGAAAUGCUCUGCUUCUGCAAGGUGAAAGCCCGGAGGACGAAGGGCUAGAGGAGAAGGAUGAGGCGUCGCAUCAAGAAGCAUCCGGUCCAGGGUGCAGGGGUGCCCCCGAGGAGCCUGACUCCCAGGAACAUGAGAGCAAGGAAAUGCUUUUCUUCGCAGGAGAGACAGGUCUGCCUCUGUUUCCCAGAUUUGCCUUAUCAGCUGACGGGGGUGAACCCACUGGUCACAAUCCACAGGCUGUGAGCAAAGGACACGACAGGUGUGCACUCACAAUCGAUGAGCUUGCACAGGAGGUGGAGGCUUGUUUCCAGCAGCUGUCCACCCUGCAGCCAGGCCGCGGGGGCUGGCGGCGCUCAGCCUCUGCAUGUGGGGGAGAGAACUGGAGCUUUGCUCAGAAGUGGCACAGUGGCGGGGAGAGAGCUCACUCUCAGCAGGUUUGGGGAAAUCGGGGUAUUUGUUCUGAUGAAGAAGCAAAGUCUAAAGAGAGUGAUGAAGGUGAUAAGCUGGGGAAGACCAUGGCCCUGGGCACCAGCGAAGUUCCUGGUAACCCAGGGACACUGCCUGAUUGGGAUGAAGCCAGCCCAAACCCUCCAGAGGGGCCCGCGGAGACCUGGGGUGCCCUCGAGAGAGUGAGGGGCAGGUUUCAUCAGCUCACUUCUGGGUUGAAGAAACAGCAACGCCAGAUUUUACACGACAACACCAAACUUCACGGAGACCAAGAGCGGUGCCAUGAAAGGGUGUGCGCCCUUGAAAGAGAGAGAGAGCGAGAGGUGACAAAAAUAUCCAGGCUCAAGCGGGAUAACCACAGGCUGGUAGGGGACAUCUCUCAGUUAAAGAAAGAACUGGACCAAUAUUUACAGGUCAUCUCCGACCUUGAAGACUGCAAUGGGAAGAGUUACAGCAAAAUUUUGGAGCUUGAAGAGGAAAAUGAAAAACUGAAAGGGAAUCUGGGCCAACUUCAGAAAUUCAUGUCUGAGAGUAUCGGGAAAUCCAAAGACACGAUGGAGCAAGUCACUCUGGAAAACUGGAAGCUCCAGGCGCUGAUCUCGGAGCUUGGCGUUAGUUACAAAGAGCUGAUAAAGGAUAUCGUGCUGGGAAUAGAUGACAUGAUCCGGGCCUUAAGCAGGGAGAACGAGCACCUUCUACGCAGGGUCCAUGUCCUGGAGAGGGAAGUCACCUUGCAGAGGAGCACGGAUCAGGGGCAUUUGGUGAAGGGAAGGGAGCACCUCCAGGGAAAAACCAAGACGCACACUGUAGACAAAGAGGUGCAGGUAACUCCACUCGCAGGGCAGCUGCUUUCAAGGGCCUGUGGGCCACUCUUGGCGGAGGAAGCGAGUCUGGCUGCAGGGCAGACAGGACCUUCCGCAGGCGCUGGGAAUUCUAGAUGCGGUACUGAUUCUCCCCCUCCAUCACUGGUCUGGAGAAAUGCUGAUGUAGCCAACAACCUGCAAGGAAAUGUCGGUGGAGCAGGAAUGAAAGAAGCACAUAUGGAGAAAGAGGAGAAGAGGCCCAGCUGUUCUGUGGCUCAGGGGCAAGCUCUGAAGUCCCUGAGCAGUGACCCCACGCUCCAGGACUCAGAGGCCGAGGUUACUGAGGAGGAUCCCAGGCUGCGUGCCCAGCAGCUCCAUCACCGGGUGCUGACCCUGCAGUGCCAGCUACGGGACCAGGGCGCUGCCCACCAGGCGUCUCGGGACGAGGCUGCCCGCCUCCAGGAGGAGCUCCAGACCAAGCUUGAAGAACUUCAGAAAAAGCAACAUGAAGCAAAGUUGGCGGUGACUCCCCUGAAGGCCAAGAUAGCUUCCCUGGUCCAGAAGUGCCGGGAGAGGAACCGCCUGAUCACCCACCUGCUGCAGGAGCUGCACAGACACGGGCUGGGGAACCUCCCGCUCUCUGAGCUGGCACAGAACAUGCUCAGCGACGUGGCACUGGCUGAGUACGCGGCCACCUUCCUGGCUCCGGGAGUCCCAGAGACAAGCCACCACCUGGACAUCAAGUCUGAGAUGACGGCAGCUCUAAGAGCUCAGACAUACCUCUUGAAUCCUGAAAUGGACAGUGUCUUCCAAAGCUCAUCGUCUUCAGAGUCCUGGCCUGUUCCCGAGCCGGAGUGGCCAGCACGGACAGCCCAACUGGAUUCUCUGAAGCUCCCUCUGUCCUUGGUGUCCACGCUUGAUCCUGGAACGUGCCUGGCAGCGGUCACUGUGGAACCAGGACUCUCCACACAGCGUCUGCAAGAGAAAGGCGGAAUGCCCUGUCCUGCCCUCCAAUCCGAUGACGCCCCAGCACCCUCCGAGCUCCUGAGCCCAGCGAGGAUCCUGGCUUUUCACCAAGAGCUUAGACAAAGCAUUUGCAGCAAUUCCCAGGUCCAUAAAUCACCGCUGGAGUUAUAAAUGUAAUAGGGCCACUCAUUCUCCGGAGCCAUUUCAUAGACUCCAUAAAUAUUUGAAGCAGAACCUUCAGAGAGUGCUUUAAGAAAUUGGUAGCAAUCAAAGUCCUCAUUCAGUGGCAAGUGGUUUUGCCUUCGGCUUAGGGAUUUUGUGUUCAAUGUCAGAGCCUGAGAGAAAUGCUGGCCUGUGCCUGGCAAAUUCUGAGGAGUCUGGCUUCAGCAAUGUCGAGGCAGCAGAGGAACUAUUUACUGUACCAAAGCCUGUUGAAUGUUUGGCCCAGAGGUUCUCAAAUGGGCGCUGGUUUAGCCCCCAGGGAAAAUCUGGCCGUGUCUGGAGACGUUUUGGGUUCUCACAGCUGGGACGCUGCUACUGGCAUCUGGUGGGUAGAGGCCAGGGAUGCUGUGAAACAUCCUACAACACCCAGGCCAGCCUCCUGCGGCAAAGAAUUACAGCCCGAGGUUCACCAAUGCUGAGGCCGAGAGCCCAGGACGGAUCUCGCAGCUCUGAACAUGAUCAGCCAUGGAGAAUUGUUUUGUGAUUUUUCUGCCCCUGGGGUCCUUCCCAUGUUUUAAAGGAUUGUUUUUGUCUACUAAGUGAAAUCCCUAACUUAAAUCAUUGCAUAUUUUACAUUUAAACACAUUAAAACCAACCAGAACUUUCUCAUCAGUCCAUUCACUCCAAAAAUGUCUGUCCAUAUCCACUGGAUGCCAGGCCACGUGGUAUGUAGGAGAAGAGAUGAGUCAAUGUUGAUCCCAGCUCCAGGACCUCACAGGACAAUGGGAGAGAUACUCUUGUGAGUAAAUCAGCACGCACACAAGUGUCACAUGUGCCCUGAGCGACAGGAUGAAGGCAAGGGUCAGUUCUACUUGGCUUGGGAGAAUUGGAAGUAAGCCACAAAGGAAUGGCUGAGCAGCGUCCUGUGGGUGAGGUGGGAAGGGUGCUGCCAUAUGAGGGAACGCAUGUGCAAAGGCCCUGAGGUAUAAAACUGAACUGCGGAUGUGCCCCUGGAGGGGAAGUGGGCAAAGCAUGCGCCUGUCAAGCCAGCUACAAGCAGUCACUGCCUCGUUCCCAUCCAGCACCCCUUCCUUCCCCCGAGAACAAAGACUCAUGCCCCGAAUCAGGUGGGUGACCCAGGAGAAGAGCACUUCCAUCCUGAGGGCAGCCCCCCAAAAAGAGAGUCCGGGGGGCUUGGAUGACACACACCAGACCCUGACCCAGGCUCACCCACUAGAGAUGCCACCUCUCUCUUUGGGAAGGGGUCAAGGAGGGGCUUAAGGAAAAGCCCAAAGCCACUACCUCUCCAAUUCUGUCCCCUCCUGGAAGUGGCUGUCCCUUCCUGGAAGGACAAACAAGGACGAGGACAAGGAACUGAGGGCUCCCCAGGAAGUGUCAAAGUGCGUAGAUUUAUUUUAACGUAGGUUAGCUUUUUGUUUUGAAAUGAAAAUUACACAAAGUUCCCACAGACUCCUCCCCGGGCUUCCCUUGAUGUUAACAUCUCAUGUGACUUAUGUUGUACAAUUAUAGAAACUAGUGGGUUUUAUUUUGAGGAAAAUUGGGGAGCCAUUGAGACGUAAGAAAGGCAGCCUCAGCACAUUGAGUUCCACCCUUUAAAUUCGUUUAUGGGGUUUUCUGAUGGGUUAGCACAUUCAUCCAUGUAUUCCUGGAUUGAUUUACCCACAGAUCUGUCUAUUUAUUUAUUCAAUAUGCAUUUAGUGACUGCUGUGCGAGUGUCUGGCUAGAUGCUGCUGGGGAAGAAGUAAAGAUGAUGCUGUCCACCUAGGUUUUCAGGGACCCCCCUGGAGACCCUGUGGCCCCGUUACCACCCCUCAAGGAAUCCCCAGAUUGAAAACCACUGCAGUGAUCCCUUUGUCGGUUCGACCACCCCAUGGCUUCCCUAUAAUUUCCAAGCAGGAAGUGACCUGCAGCACUGGUUUGGUGAUCCGCCUUCUACCUCCCUCUGUAUUUUGGGACAACAUCAUUAGCUUUGAGCAUCAGGAACAUGACGGAGAGAGGACAGAAACCCGGUACAGUUGAGGACAGCCAGCUGAGGCCUUGCUGAGCCAGCGAGAUGCAGCGUGGUGCCACCACAUCUGGUCUCCAGGACUCCCAGGAGCUCAGACGUCCGGCGUCUUGUCACUUCAUGCUCCCCCCUGCUGCGCUCACGUGCUGGGCCUGGGCAGAAAGGCAACCCAGGAAAUCCAUUAAAGCAAGCCAGGAUGACCUUUGCAGCUUAACCCAAUGAUUCCCUAGUAAAUCAUGUUUCCAAGGCAGAAGCCACUUAUUUGCUCAGGCCGUGAAUUCCCAUCUGGGUCUACCUAGCACUUUGGGUCGGCUGAAGCUUUGUGCCGUGGCUCCCUGGGACACUUUUACAGUGCAGGAUGGCGGACUCCUGCAUUCCCCUUACCUGGUCUGUAGACCCCAGCCCUUGGAAGGGCACACAGUGACUCCUUGCCACCCAUCAGAUGCUCCAGGGCAGGACCUGCUCUGGCGACCCAGCGGGUUCAAGCAGGAACUUGGCACACAGGAGCUGGUCUCAGGCUGCCCCACGGCAGGGAAUGACUCUACGAGUGACCUUGAGGCCUCUGGAGACCAGCCAGACAUCCAGUCUGGCUCUGCAGCAGAAAACAAUUUGUCACACCGACUGUCAGCAAACAACAAUGGUGGACUUCCCUGGAGGCGGAGUCCUAAACCCUGCAAGAGCCUCAUGGGAAACCACGACUUCUCCCUGCCCGUCCCUGUCAGCACACAGAUCUGCCGGCUGGUUUCCAUAAGCAAUUGGUCAGAGCAAACAAAGGUCUUUCAUCAUCUGCUCCAUGAACUCCCUUGGUGGCCUGGAACCCAGCUACUGCUGUCUGAGGAAGGAAGACAGCACAGGGGCAAACACAGCAAGUUGGAAAAUACUUACAUCCUUCUCAACUGACCGACACGGCAGAGGUGGCCUAUGAUUUAUGAUCCUUUCCAGUGAGCCAAAUUAUAAGCCAAGCAACCAUCUUCCUGUCUCAGGUCACGAAUAGGGAAUAUUUCUACUCUGUAUGAUACCAACCUGAGGACCCAAGAGAUGGCUGUUGACUGUAAGAAGCCCAUAUUUAUUGCCAUGGGUGAGUGGCAGGAAGCCGGGUCUGGAGUCCCAAGGACCUGUCGGUUCUGCUGCUCCUACGCUGGGUUGCCAUGCACAGAUAACUUACCUUCUUCCAACAUCCUCUUCUUCAUCCGUUUGAGGGUCAUAUGCCUACUUGACAGUUUUGCCCUGAUAGCCAAAUGAGCUAAUGGCUGGGAAAGUGCCUGAACACUGUAAGAUUCUUCCCACGUGUCAGGGUCCUUGUUGUGUUGGUAAAAUGCAGUUCCUUCAUCUUAGAUACUUCACUGACGGUUGCCCUGGAGCACACUCUAAAGCAAUCAAUCAAGGACUCAUUGAUUUACCGUUCUGCAUAGCUUCCAUCCAAAAUGGGUGAUGAGGGGAUGAUAGGAUGACGGUUUUAAAAAAUCAUUGUAGUAGUUAUCUUGAUAUUAUAGAGCUCCUGAAGAAGCUUGGACUAGGAUGGAGUUCCCAACCUGCACAAAAAGUUGUAUGCAUGUGAACUCUUUCCUAGGGAGAAGGAGCAUGGAUUUCAUCAGAUUUGCAAAGAAGACUGGUAGACAAGCAUCCAAGGAGCCAAGCCCCCUAGUCUAGGCAGAAAGGACUGUGUCCGGAAACCCAGAGACCGACUCUGCCUCCAAAUUGCUGGUGACUUUAAGGCUGUCCCUUGGCCUCUAUCCACCCCAGCUCCUUAUCUGUAAAAUGGGUGUGGCACAGUAUUCCAGUUGCUAAGUUCCUACUGAGGGGCAGGCUCUGGCCACACCAGAAACUUCCACACCCAGCCUUCUUGCUUCCAGAGUAAGCGAAGAGCUCUUCUUCUCUCAGCUUGUGUCCAUGAGUUGCGCCCAACUGACCACGGCACCCCAGAGUGCCCAGGCACGCAGCCUUACUUCAACUCCUUUCGCUCUGCAGUUAAAAAGCAUCGCGGCCCAGUUGCUGUGCUUGGACCCAGGGAGUCUGCUUCCUCUGACACCAUUUCCCUGUAAACUGCAGGGCUGUGAGACCUGCUUACACUGGCAGCCAGGGGCCGACAGGGACCUGUGAAAUCUCAGCAUCGCCCAGGAAGAUGCAGUGAAAAUCCAGCUGUUGAGUGGGGAAACGUCAGUGAGCCGCAGGUUUUCCUGCCCUGGCUGCUGUGAGACAGUGGGCGGUGCCCGGAAGUCAGGCCUGGUGGAUGGAGUUGGCCAUGGGUGUCCCAGGUCUCCACAGAACCUGGGGCCGUGGUCAGUGCUGGGUGAGCAACAGGCAGGCCCCACAUCACAUUACAGACCUUAGAGAGUUUCCAGUCCACAGCGGGAACUGGCAGCCCUUGCGCCAGAUUUGGCCCACAAAUGUGUCAUGUUUGGCUUACAUUUUAUUUUUUUCUAAUUGUGAAUGUACUCCGUGCCACUGAGCUGGAUACUUAAAAAUAGUUCGGAAGGUUCGUUUCUCUAAAACUAAAACGUAUCUUCUUAAUCAUUUUUAAGUAUCCAGUUCAGUGGCACGGAGUACAUUCACCCUGUGGCGCAACCAUCACCAUCAUCCAUCUCCAGAACCUUCUCAUCUUGCAAACUCAGAAACACCAUAUUCAUGAAAGACUCACUCCCCAUUUCCCUGUCCCACAACCGCUGGCACCCACCUUUCUGCUUUGUGUCUCUAUGAAUUUGACCACUCUAGGACCUCGUGUGAGUGGAAUCAUACGGUCUUUGUCCUUUCAUGACUGAUUUCACUUAGCACAAUGUUUUCGAGGUUCAUGUGGCAGUAUGUGUCAGAGUUUCCUUCCUUUUUAAGGCUGAAUAAUAUUCCGAUGUGUGGAUGGACCACAUUUGGUUUAUCAUUCACGCAUUGAGGGACCUUUGGGUGGCCUCUACCUUUUUGGCUAUUGUGAAUAUUGCUCCUAUGAACACAGGUGUACAAAAACCUAUGUUGCAUUUUUUAACAUUGGAGUUAGCAAGUGACAUUGAAAAACCAAGAGAUUUCAUAUACAAAUCUGGAUUUCUGGCUUCUCUUGGAAAAUCAGUGGAUCUGACAGCACUGGGCCUCGAUCUUCCUGGCCACAGUCAAAGGUAAAUGAAGCCAGCUCGCUCCCUCCCCCGCUGACAGGCACCCCACCCAGUGGACUGCAGGGCCCCCGCUCCUUUCCUCUCCACUCACUGCAAAACCUGCCUGGUUUCCACAGGCUGUGGCUUGGUGACACCUCGUCUGCCCAGCACCCUCACGUUAUGGGUGAAAAUGCAGAGGCCCAGGGAGGACGGGUGGCUGUGGCCUGAGGUCUCACAGGCCAGGAAGUGGUACAACUGCCGAAACGCAGGAAGGGCCUGCAACUGGGCAUUGCAAAGCCUUGAUUCUACUUCCAACUCUGCCACCUGCUUGUCCCAGGUCCCUGGGACAAAGCCCUGAAACUUUCUGAACCUAAGUUUCCUCUUUGGAGGAAAAUGGGAGAAAUGGCACCUUCUCUUGCAGCCUCAUGAAGUAUUGUGAAGACAGAAGGAGAUGAUGUGCAUUGGCCAUCGAACGCAGUUGGGAUGGGAAGGGGUGUUACUAAAAGCACAGGCCACGUCAGGCAACCUAGCGUCUGGGGGUCUGUUUUCUCAUCUGCAAGACAGGAAAAGGGGCCAUACCUUUCCCCACUGGGCUAUUCCAAGGAUUAACUGAGGCAGGGAAGGAAAAGCAUCUGGCGAGGGCUUGGCACCCAGCAGAUGCUUCAUAAAUGCUACUUUUUAACAAGUAAGGUCACAUCCAAGGGUUCCAAAUCCUCUUCCUGCAGAACACAACCCGGAAAGAGGUGUAACAUCAUAGGAAUGACCAGCUUCAGAGUCUAUUGGCCUGAUUUCAAAACCUAGGCUUGAUGCGUUAGCCACUGAGGGCACUGGGCAGGUGAGCCCAUCUCUCUGACCUGCAAACUCUUCCAUUGUUUAGUGGGGAAAAUAUCACUGUCCUUGACAGCACAGGGAGAAAUGAGAAAUGGAAGGCGCUUUGCACAUAAUAGACAUUUAAUAAAGUCGAAUUCCUUUCCUUGCCUUCCCCAGCAGAAAUCUGUUUUCUAGGUUAAAAAGAUGGCAUGUUUUCCAAAUAUCUUCAAAAAAAGGAACAGGGAAAAGUGUGGUUUCCAGCAUCCCACUGAGGCUUGUCAGUCAUCAGGUUUCAUUCACUCAUUCAAGGAACAAGCAUUGAUUGAGCACCACUAAGCGCCAGGUGCCACAGUAGGCCCUGGGGUUCUAGGAGAGAACAGAGUAGACCAAAUUGCUGCCCUGGUGGGUGGGCCUCUGCGUAAGUCUGGUCAGUCGCUCUAUGAGUACUCAUUAAGUGCCUCUUCUGAGCUGCCUUUCUAAGGGCCCUGGCUUUACCUGGAAGGCUCAUCUGUUGCUGUCUGUGUGAUUCCUGCAUAUCUGGACCCCACCCACUUCUCUGCCAGUACCAGAGAACAUACCUGUCUUGGGCCCCAGACCUUUAGACAGCAUGGUGAUUCUGCCUGCCUGUGCUGCUUCUGUUAUCCCCUCAGUCCUUUCCAGGGUCCCUGGGCAAGGCCGGUGAAGCACUCCUGGGGUGAACACUCCAUUCAACUGCACACAGGACACCCUGUGGGCCAGGUGUGGGCCCCAGAGAGCCUUGCCUCUUAGUUUACCUUUAGGCUUUGAAUGAAAUGGGAAUAUGGAUGGAAAGCUCUUCGUAAGAUCUACAUGUAUAUACAGGAUUGGUGUUAUUUGACUUUGAUCUAGAGAGAUGACAGAGACCACCUGAUGUAGGAGAAAGAGGUUAGGGUUUGAGACCAGCAUAGUUAGGCUGCAAUCUGGGUUCUGCAACUUAUUAGUUCUGAGACUAGGGAAAGUGGCCUGCCCUCCUCAGUUUACUUGCUGGGCAAAUGGAGGUAAUAAGAGACCCAUCUCGGCACCUACUGUGCGCAGUAAUGGAAAAACUGGUUGGGAAGGCAUUUUGCAGACUUACAUCUUAUGCAUAUACUCUACUCAUGUCAUUAAUUUAAUGCACAUUUAUUAUACACCUACUGUGUGCCAUUGUGAACAAGGUGAUCUGUCGUAUGACAAUUCGGAAGAAAGUCCACAGGCUAGGGAAGAGAAGAAAUGCUUGUCAGAUGGUGGCACCGCACAUUCAUAGAUUAUGAUUAGCAACAGCCAGCAAGUUGGCAUGGCAACGUUUCCCCGUGAACUGCUAGGCACUGUUCUUAAAAUAGGUAUGUUGGAGGUGUGGCGGCAGCGGGGACACGCUGAGGUAGUGUGGUUUGAUUGCUCUGCAGACCAACGUGGGCUGUGUGCUCAGAGUGGCCCUGCCAUUACCCUUCCCAGGCAAGCCAGUGGGGCAGUGAUUAAGGUGGCAGAUCCAGAAACAUCCACUGUUGGAGUUGGAGACAGCCUCAGAUUUCAUCUAGUGUAAGCAUCCUUCUCCUCCCCAUUUUACAGGCGAGGAAACUGAUUCCCAGAGAGGUUACCUGACAUCUGCGGUCCAGUGACAAAACCACUUGACUGCAGAUGGGAGUGAACCUGGGUUCGGAUGUCAUUAGGCAGUAUUCUCCAACCGUGCCAUGGGGCAGGCUCUUCUGAUUCAGAAUUUUAGGUCUUGGUCUGAUGCAAUUAAUUUUCUACUGGGUUCCAAUCUAUAUGACAUCAUCUAGCAAUAGAUAUUAGUUUAAGGAAUUCUUUCAUUUUGUGUGGAAUUCAUGCCUGCAUUUCACCCUGGGGAAGCCCUGAAUCCUAGGAUAUCUUGGAAACUCACCUACUUUUUGGCUAGACUUGAUUAUAUACAUGAUUGAGCUUUCAAUCCACCCUUCCAUAGCCUUCCUUACCUAGUUUCUCCGUGUGAAAUCAAGCAUCAAAACUGAUCAAAGGUUUCUGAAUUGCUUUGGAAUGAGAUGAUUAUAUGAGCUUAGUUACCCAUCAUUGCAGAGAACAGGGAACCCAAGUCCUUUUACAGAUGAGGUCCUUUCUAUUUGUUUUACUCAGCAAUUUAUUGAGUAAACUUUUGUAAACUUGAGAGGGGCUUUUCACUUUCAGGCUGGUGAGCUUUUUUUUAAGAGAUUCACAGCUCCCCUUUGAUUCCAGGGUGAAAUUCUAGGUUUGAAAUGUGAAACCUUCUGAGAACUCAGCCAACUUCUGAGAAUAGGGUGCUAGACAUUUCUGACAUGUUUUAGACACAAUCUUUUUUUCUCUGUUGAGACAGUGCCAUUCGUUGGGAAGGACUCUGGGCUGGGAGUCCAGGCAGGGUAAGAGGGGCUGCAGCCCUGCCACUUACCCCCUCCAGGUCAUUUGAAGGAUGUAAAGACUGCAUUCUGUAGUGGUGAUUCUUCACCCUGGUUGCAUGUUGGACUCAUCUGCAGAACUUUUAAAAAAUCUGACGCCCAGGCCUCUCUCCAGGCCACUUAAAUCAAGUUGUAUUGAGUGGGGCCCUGGGCAGA